CGCCCAUGUCCGAACUUUGCGCCUUCGUUUGCCAGUGCAACGGACAUUGCACGGCUCAGCUGAUUACCAUUGGCAUCAGCAGGCGAGGUGAUAGGUAGGUAUCUUAUUAAUACAUCAUCUUAUUUCUGGCAAGCCUGCCUUUGCUUACCCCUCGGACAACAGCAUAAUGCUGCGUUGAGCUAAUGUACCCCCCGGACUCACUUGAUUUUCUCAGGUCUUUUGCUGAUUAUGGGGGCUGCCGAUUCGAAGGCGGCUGUUCAGGAGGCUGUGGAGAAAGUCCGCUCUGAGUCGGUCACUUUCCAAGACCAGAAGCUGUGGGAUGUCAUCAUCAACUCCCCACAGAGUAGCGAAGAUGUUGUGCAAUGGCUGAAAGUGGAAGAACUGCGGCAGAUACGCGAUGAGCGGCCCAGGAACUUUGCGCUGUUUACUCUACAGGUGCUCAUGCGCCUGGAGGAGAUUAUUCACGCCACUCAGAACAUCAAGCCAGGACGAGCCCCGCACAUGCGGGAGAGCUUCUUUGCAGAGGUGCUGGCAUGCCUGCGUUUGAUCAGCAGGCUUCUUCCCAUCCUACUUGAAGAUGCACUGACGAUCGGAGAGGGGGGCUCCGCAGGCUGGGCUUACGCUUUCCUAUGGGAGAACACACUCCCUAAACCUCUGGAAAACAAAGCGCCUCAACAGGGCUCGCCUUCUGCAACCGCACCCCCCAGCGCGCCAAGCGAGGGUCCCAGCGCAGCCUCAGGAACUUCCAGCAGCGAGCCGCAAAAAGAGGUUCCAGCAGAAAAGACAACGUCAGCAAUUGAUCUAAACCCUGCCCCUGCCCCCGCAUCCGGAGAGCUCGUCGGGACUCCCGCACCCGUCUCCCCUCAGGCCUCCGAAGCCGUCUCGCCCUUAGCACCCAAUGAACAGCCGCCAGCUGGCAGCGAGAUCUCGGAGGAGGAACCAGCAGACGGCGCAGCCGGGGGGGCUGACGGGGCAGGAACGCCAACCCCCCGGAAGAAGGGGUCACGGCGGGGGGGUCUGACUGAGGAAGAAAUGAGGGAGGAGGAAGAGAGGCAGGCGCGGAACGUGGGGCGGCGGGUUGUGGACGCGGUUAUGGCUCUGCUGUUCUGUGAAAACUGGACGCUGGCGAUUGGAUCCGUGGGGACUGUGUGGGCGUCUGGCGUCCGAGGUCUGGUAGCCCAGCCAUCCUGGCCGUCGAUGGACUCCAUCCGAGCAGAAACGCUCCGUACGCUUCUGAUCAUCUGCAGCGAACCGCUCUACCUCCCUCCCGGAAAGCAGGCGUCGCAGACCAAGCCGUUCCUGUUCCAAGUCACGGGGAGCGCCAAUGCGCACCCUCGCGCCAAGGACCUCUUCUUUUCGCUGCUUAACCUCAUCAUCUCGUAUCAGCCCGGGGGCUGGGUUCUAAACCAUGGGAAGAACCCCGCGAGCCACCUUAUCGACGUCGCCUCGCACGUCCUUCUCGCGCUCCUCGACUACAGCCCCACCGCCGCCCCGACCCACCCGCACUUGGGCCCUGCGCUGCUGCCGCUGAUGUCAGAGCACCCCCUAACCAAUGGCGGGACGGCAAACGGCACAUCGUCGCUUGCCAACAUUCCGGAAGAAGGACCUUCCAACAUCUUCAGGCAGCUCGUGGCGACCAUAGACGACGUUUCCGACUUCGCCCUCAUCUUCUCCGGUCUCGUCCGGCUCAUCAAGAACCCCGUCGUCAUAAGCGGGGAAGCCGUCGUUCAAAGCACGCGGCGCGUCGACUGCUACCAGGAGAUUCUGGUCCUCUGCUGGAAGCUGCUGGAAGGCAACCCCGCGUUCCUUGAUUACGUGUGCGCGCUGCCGAACGUGUACGAUCUGCUGGAGCCGCUCCUGGCGCUGAUUUACACCGCAAGAACGGACUCGGCCAAGAUCGGUGUGAUGCACGUGGGCGCCUUCAUUUUGCUCCUCCUCAGUUCCCGCCGCAGCUUCGGCGUCGCUCUCAACAAGCCCGCGGCCGCCGCCAACUACGCGCCCCUCGAGCUGCCGCGGAACUUCCGGGGUUGCCACGCAGACGCGCUCAUACACGUCCUCUAUAAGGCUCUGCUCAACGGCGGCGACCGUGUGGCCCCCCUGUACAGCUGUCUCCUUACGAUCCUCGCCAACGUCACCCCCUACACCAAAACCCUCACCAUGACGACCGCUGACCGCAUCGUGACGCUCGUCGAGUUCUUCGCGCACCCGCGGGUCUUCUUUGGCGCCGACGCAAACUACAACUACCUGCGGUACUUGCUCGAGACCGUAAAUAACAUCGUUCAGUAUCAAGCGGACGGCAACCCCGGCUUGAUCUACUGUAUCCUGCGUAAGAGCCCCGUGUUCUGGCGGCUCUUUGCGCUGGAGCUUCCGUCGCCCGACGAUUUGGGGGGGUCAGAUGACCCGCUGUCGGAGGGGGGUGAAGAGGCGUCGACGCCCGGAACGGACGAGGGGGGGGGCACGGACUCCCUGGAGAAACGGCUGUGGACGGAAGCAGCGAAAGGCGGGCAUUGGCUGCCGGCUCUCGUUUCGGGGGGGUCGGGGCCCCCUAGUCCCCGGACGAAAGGGUCAGGGAAAGGGUCGUGGAGGGGGGGGAGGAGAGGACGGCUGGAGGAAGGGGGGAUGACGUGGCUAACACCCGAGUGGCUGGCAAGAGUUCAGGCGGAGCUUCCGCUGGCGACCGUUGAGCGGAUGAUAAAGGCGUUGCAACCGGCGAUCGACAAGUUGCACGCGGAAAAGCCCCGGCUGACUGAGAGGGACGUGUUGGAAUAUUUGAAGGCACUUGGCUGUAACUUGUGGUUGUUUCGCUCAGCAGCCUUGGAAUCAAAGUCUUGCAAGGCUACGAAAGUGAACCUCUCCGGAAAGGUGGCACCGCAAAGUGAUCGACCUGGUCUGCUGAGAUGCAGGGGAUCCCCAGCCCUUGAGCCCCCAAAGCCCUCCCCCCAAAAGAGGGCGCAAUUCCUCCCCAGGGCAAUGGAUGCUCAGAUGUGCCCCGAGUGCAAGAGGGUCACGGCAUUUGUCUCUGACCACUCUGCGGGGGAUACCAUCUGCACCGAGUGCGGCCUUGUCGUUGAAGCGCGCGUGAUUGACGAGACGUCCGAAUGGCGCACGUUCUCGUCCGGAGACACCACUCGCGAUGACCCGAAUCGUGUGGGGGGGCCAACGAACGAACUGCUUUCUGACGGGGGGAUGGGAACCAUUAUUUCAAAGUCAGUCACGGGGGGGGACUUCACGGGGAUGAACCUGAGCCGGUGGCAGAACCGCACAUCAAAUCCGGACCGCAAUCUGCUGUCUGCGUUUCGGACGAUCUCGGAAAUGGCGGAACGGUUGAAUCUGGUGGUGGCGAUCAAAGACCGAGCGUGCGAGAUAUACAAAGAGAUCCAGGACAGCCAGAGCAUAAGGGGGCGGAGCCAGGCAGCGAUAUGCGGGGCCUGCUUAUACAUAGCCUGCCGGCAGGAGGAGAAGGCGCGGUCGUUCAAGGAGAUAGGCACCGCCACGCAGGCCGCGACGGUGAAAGAGAUCAAAAAGUGUACAGCGUUUGUGGUGAACACUUUGUCGAAGCGGAUGGGGGUGGUUAGCGCGGCUGACUACGUGCGGCGGUUUGCGAGUAACCUGGAUUUGAAGCAUAAGUUUGUCCAGGCUGCGGAAGAGGUUGUGCGACGCUUUGAUGCGUACAAAGACAAGGGCAGGAGCCCUAUUUCGGUUGCGGCGGGGGUGAUCUUCAUGCUGUCCCAACUGACUGAGGAUGACCGCAGGACCUGGAAGGAAGUUUCGCAAGCAUCGGGGGUUUCGGAAGGAACAUUAAAACUCAGUUAUGCGGACCUGUACCCCUACAGAGAGCAGCUGAUCCCAGAAAGCUUUGCUUCCCCUGAGAAGGUGCGCUUGCUUAGCGCUACGUUCAAAUCUCGCUAGAAGCGUAUGCACAGUAUCUGGUGUACUUUAAAGAGCUUAAAGCUCAAGUGCGCUCCCGGCCAGCAAUCUGACGAGAACAUCUAGAAGUUCUAUACAGACUUAGUGCUAGAUUGACAGGCCGAAGAGAUGGGCCAUGAAAAUCGUAUGCUUUAGCCUAGGUUGAUUCCAAAGGGCCAACGCACUUGUUCCCUUUUCAAUGUUCACAACUGCAUCACUCGGAGCUUUGAGUACGUUUUGAGAAGCUGUUCGGUGUCGUUGGAAAGUUUCAAUCUGUCGUCAACCAAACGGAUGAAACCAACUUGCGCU